CCGACGCCCUCCUCUCCCCUAUCGUCCUACCUACCGAGUACGUCGUCACGGUUGCACACACGCACCAACGUAAACGCAACACACCGCCGCCGCGCCGUCGACGUUCACGCGCACGCGCAUGCGCACGCACAAACAGCCGUCGCCCCACCGCGCGCAGUACGCGCAGACCGCCGCCCGCCGCCGCAAUUCAUUCCACGAGAAACGGUCGAGCUCGCCCGACGUUUGUUUUUGUAUCCAUGUGACCGCGUUUGGUUUAUCGAGUUUUCUUUUCGCCCUCUUUCGGUAGUGAUUCAAAUAGUAUUAUCGUAUGCGUUUGUGCUCGCCCGCGCGCACCGACAAUCGACGUGCACACACAUCGCGGCCGAUUCCGUAGCGUCCCUCUCCAAAUGACGCGUUCCCGGUCACACACGUGAGUCCGGGUUGAAAACGUUUUCUCCUUAAUUCUUCGUCCCGACGACUGCCGCCGCCGCUGCCGUCGAAGACGAGUUUCCGAUUUCCGGCGGUGUGUUUCCCGUCUAGUGAGUACUACCCGCACUUAAGCCCGCCGCCGUCAUGUUCGACGUGUUCGGCUCCGUCAAGGGGCUGCUGAAAAUCGACAGCGUAUGCAUCGACAACAACAUAUUCCGGUUGCACUACAAAGCCACUGUCAUCAUCCUAGUAGCGUUCUCGUUGCUCGUCACGUCCCGCCAGUACAUCGGUGACCCGAUCGAUUGCAUUGUCGACGAUGUGCCGCUCAACAUCAUGGACACGUAUUGUUGGAUAUACUCGACGUUCACAAUACCCAACCGUAUCAGUGGCCGCGUCGGUAAAGACGUCGUCCAGCCGGGCGUCGCGUCCCACGUGGACGGAGAAGACGAAGUCAAGUACCACAAGUACUACCAGUGGGUGUGCUUCGUACUCUUUUUCCAGGCUAUGUUCUUCUACCUGCCCAGGUAUAUGUGGAAGACGUGGGAAGGCGGCCGCAUCAAAAUGCUUGUGCUCGAUCUCAACUGUCCAAUCAUCAACGAGGACUGCAAGGCCGACCGCAAGAAGCUACUGAUCGAUUACUUUGCUACUAACCUUCACACACAGAACUUCUACGCCAUACGGUUCUUCCUAUGCGAGUUUCUCAACUUUGUCAAUGUCAUCGCCCAGAUAUUCUUCAUGGACUACUUCCUAGAAGGUGAGUUCAGUACAUAUGGUUCAGACGUGCUGCGGUUCACUGAAAUGGAGCCCGAAGAGCGAGAAGAUCCCAUGGCUCGAGUGUUCCCAAAAGUUACAAAGUGUACAUUCCACAAAUAUGGUCCUUCAGGAUCCAUCCAGAAGUUAGAUGGUCUGUGUGUGUUGCCGCUCAACAUUGUGAACGAAAAAAUCUAUGUGUUCCUGUGGUUCUGGUUCUUGUUUGUUGCCAUACUCAGUGGCCUCAAUUUGGUAUACCGUACGGCUGUUGUAGUGAUGCCCAAAUUCCGUUUGUUGUUGUUGAGAGCAAGAUCUCGUUUGGCUCCUCAGGACGAAGUUGAAACCAUUACCAAAAAAUGUCAGAUCGGUGAUUGGUUUGUAUUGUACCAGUUAGGCAAGAACAUUGAUCCCUUAAUUUUCAAGGAGCUUGUAUCAGACUUAGCCAAGCGGUUGGACGGUAAGCAGAGUGUAUAAAUAUGACUUGAUUCAACUUCAAAUAUGUAUUUAAAUACUAAAUUAAAUAAAAAAUUGUUAGUUUAAGUUAAUCAAAGAAUGGAUAAGCAAUAAUUUUAGACAAUUUGUUUUAUUUUUUUCAAUAUAAUUUUUAUCACCCCAUAGAAGCAUGGCGCUAUCUAUUCAUAAUGUUUUUAAAAUUAAUUUCCGAUCGCUUUUAUCGGAAAACACAGGGGUUGUGCAGUUAAAAAUGUGUUCAUGAAUAACCUUCUCGGUUUUUAAAAUAUGAUUGACAAUUUUGAACUAUAAUUUUUACAAUUUUUUCUAUUUAUAUACUUAGUUUUAUAACAAGAUUAAUUAUUGUUGGUCUCAUUUUCUUCUACAUAACAUUCAAUAUAACUAUAUCUAUGGUAACAUAGACUAUAUAGGCAUGUGAUGCAAAUAUGAUAUUUAGUUGCAUUCUUUAGGACAUCUAACGAUAACAUAAUAUUUUAUGCAUUGACAACUUAUGGUUUCAUGUUACCUAAUUCUUCUGAAUACUAUUGGCCAUUAAAAAUGUUUUCUUGUAUAUUAAAAAUUCAUCUUUGCAGAUUAAUUAAAACUUUAACUGUUUACUAUUAGGUAUAAUUUAUAUAUAUAUACUCAACUAAAUAUAAAUUAUUUUAAGAUUCAUCAUUGUCUUUACCCAUUACAGUGCUACUUCAUAAAGUUUCAUAUAAGUGUUACUAGUUAUACAGUUAUACUACUCAACUACUAAUGUAUUUUGCAAUAAUCGAAACAUUCGAGUCUUCCAUUUUGAGCAAACUAUGUGUUCAUGCGUUUUAUAUAUUUAUAUUAAUUUUAACUAAUAUUACUCAUUAACAUUCCACAAUCAAACAUAUUCGGGUAAUGAAACCUUCAUGUUUUAAUCUAUAUAUACAACAAAAUAAAUAAAAUUAACGAAUUUCGCACAAACAUUGUACAAAAUUGUCUUAUUCUUUCUUACUAAAUGUGUAAAUACGUAAAAAAAAAAUUGGGCCUCGUGAAUGUAAUUUAUGAAUUAUAUAAAGAUAAUCAUGAAACAUAUAUGUGAUGCUAAUUAGCUAUGAUAAUGAUUAUUUUAGAUUUAGUUUUAAUACUGACUUUUUUUUUUUUUUUUUUUGUCUAGUUUUUAAGUUCUUAUAAUAUAAUACAUUUAUAUUAUUAUUAUUAUUAUUAGCUAUAUAUUAUUUAAAUAUGUAUGUUAACAAUGAAAUUCCAUAAGUGCCUUUUUGUACUAUAUAUAUAAUAUAUAGUAAUAUUAUUGAUGUGCAUAUCUCGACGAAUUAUCAUGUACGCUCAAAAUUAAUUAUUCAACAUUCCAUAUUGAUAUUUAACUGUACGAUGACCACUUGGUAUAUACACACUCCUGAGUGUAUAAAAAAAAAAAAAAACACGCACACAACUGCUGUCAAUUAAGUCCAAAUUGACUGCCAA